AGUCAGAGCCUGCGCUCCAGGAGGGUGGCCACAGGGUCACCAACUCUGCCAAGCCUCUCCCUGCCCUAAGAGACAGGCUGUCCUCAGUCCCUGUUCCUCCCUCCAGAAGAAUCCCUAACCUCUGAAAACCUCUAGGGGGAGUUCCCCCAACUUCGGCAGUAGGCCAGCCUUUAGAGGCCAAGGAAAAGCUUUCCUGUGGGUGAAGGAAAGACAGAAAGAGGCCAACCAUGUCGAACCUAAUGUACAAUAAGAUGUGGCACCAGACCCAAGAAGCCCUCAAUUCUCUGCUUGACAAAGAGUCUCAGAAGAUGUCCGAACCACAAGCAAACAAGGUCCUAGUCUUUCAGAUGUUAGCCACCUUCUACAUAAACUAUGUGCAGAUCUUCAGGAACAUGGAGAAUGUCUAUGACCAGAUAGUCCAUCCACAGAAACGCAUGCUGAUCCGCAAGGUCCUGGAUGGAGUGAUGGGUCGCAUUCUGGAACUGAAGAAUGAGAUGGUAGAGUUGGAAAUGACAGAGUUCCAUUAUUUUGAUGAUAUCUUACAGGACCUGAAGCUGUCUCCCCAACAGUUGGAUGUCCCCAUACCCAGGUAUUUCCUGAAGGAGAGGUUGGAAGUCAUAAAAGGAAGAGAGAAGAUCCUGGCUCGGAUCUUAACAGAAUGCGGACUGAACCUUCCUAAUGUGAAAUACGCCGCAAAGAGUAUAGCUUUGGAAGAGGCUGUGAAACUGAUCCAGAUAGCGGAGCGUGCAAGACAGGGCCGCCUCAGGGCUCUGUUCAUGAAGCAGAUUUUCCUUCAGGAGUGCAGAGCCAAGGAGAUGAAGCUGUUGGGACAGAGAUUAUUAGACACCAGGUUGGCGGCACUCCAGAUUCAGAAAGUUUGGCGAGGUUUCCAUCAAUGCAAGAAAACAGUGAAGGAGCGGGAAGAGGAGAUGGUCUUCCUGGGUAUGAAACCAUCCCCUCUCUUCAAUGAAGUCAGUGACGCCAUUGUCCAGUCCAAACAAGUGACGAAUCUGAGGGACGAGGUGCAGCUAAAACACGAACAGGACUACCAGGAAGCCUUAAUAAAUAUCAAGGAGGACCUGAAGAUGCUGGAAGGCCCGGACAUCAAGGAGCAUCUUCAGGACCAGAUCCGGCAGUGGUUCAUUGAGUGCAGGAAUUUGACGGGCACAUUCCCAGACUACCCCAAUGAGGAAGACGGAGGCUCAGCUCUCAUCUUUUCCAAUAAGACCCCAGAACAGGUUAUGGAGGAUAUCAUAGCCACCCAAGAGGAGGAAGAAAAAUUUAAGAAGAAAAAGAAGAAAGAAGACAAGGAGAAUAAGGGCAAAAAAGGCAAGAAGGAGAAGAAGGAGAAGAAGGUCGGCCUGAAAGAAAAGGCUAUGAAGGACGAAGAUGAGGAGUGGAAGAUGUCACCAAGUCUUUUCCUUCAAUUGAUGGAGGAAGGAAAUAGCUUAUACAAAGACAUGUGGCUGAAUAAAGACGAGUCUUGGAAUUUCCCUCAAGACUAUGACCCAGAACUGAUCAAGGAGGAAAAACGAAAGGAGUUAGAAAUGGAGAUAAGGGUUCAGGUGGAUGAGCUUAUGAGACAGGAACUGAAAAACCUUAAGCUGGCUGUGAACAGAGAGAUGGAAAUCCCACCCCGGCAAAAGAAAGGGAAAAAGAAAAAUAAAGGGGGGAAAGGCCGAAGAGGGAAACGGGGAAAGAAGGAAAAGGACCUGACAGCUGACAGGACCAUCGAGUCUCUGUACCAGGAGCUGGUUGAAGAAGGCCUGCUGGUCCAGGCUCUGAAGGUCAAUCUCUCGGAUUACAUUGGUGAGUACAGCUACCUGGGGACAACUCUGCGCCAGGUGGCCAUAGAGCCCAUGCCCUCCCUCCUGGAUGUCAGACAGCUCAUCACACUGUAUGGAAUCUUGCCUCUGGGGUCUGCAGAAGUGCAUGAGAGAGCUCCCUUGGUAAAGUCACUGCUAUUGGCUGGACCGUCAGGAGUAGGGAAGAAAAUGCUGGUCCAUGCCAUCUGCACAGAAACAGGGGCUAACCUUUUCAACCUGUCUGCCUCGAACAUCGCUGGGAAGUACCCGGGCAAAACCGGCCUGCAGAUGAUGAUACACUUGGUCUUCAAGGUGGCUCGCCAGCUUCAGCCUUCCGUGGUGUGGAUCCAAGACACAGAGAAAACCUUCUACAAAAAAGUCCCGCAGGCAGAGAAAAGGUUUGAACCAAAACGCCUAAAAAGAUACCUCCCCAAACUCCUGAAGCUCCUGAAACCGGAUGACAGGAUCCUGAUUGUGGGGACCACGCACCGACCUUUCGACGCGGAGCUCCAGCCCUUCUGCAGAGUGUACCAAAAGAUCAUCUUGGUUCCCAGACCUGACUACGCUUCCAGAUAUGUUCUGUGGAAAGAAAUCAUUCUACGCAAUGGAGGUGAGCUCACGAAUUCCUUGAACAUCAGCUGCCUAUCUAAAGUCACUGAUGGCUUCACACAAGGACAGAUCGUGCAAGUGAUCAAAGACGUGCUCACGGAACGCAGACUCCGGCAGCAGGCUCACAAGCCGCUCACUGCCAUCGAGUUUAUCACCAUGAUGACCAACAUGAACCCUGUGUACCGAGAGGAAGAAGAGAGUUUUAAGAACUGGUAUGCCAAAACCCCUCUGGGCAAAAAGCGAGUCUUGUCACUAACCGUUGGCAACAAAGAAAAGGAAAAGGACAAAGGAAAGAAGGGGAAAAGGGGCAAAAAGAAGAAGUAAUGCCUUCCUCAGCAGCCACCCCGAGCAUCUUUGAGAUGAUGUCGGCCCCAGCUUGUCAGGGAGAGGCUCACCCCUGCUCACCUGGGGAAGCCCACAGAGAAGCUAAGCGGAGAGCAGCCACUCCAAAGCACUGUACCCUGACCACUGUGUUCUGUUAUCCUUCAGGAGGCUGCACACCAAGCAAGAUGUCCCUUACAGCCAUAACCAUUACUUGCCAUUAUCCCUUAACUCAUGCAAAGUCUGUCAAUAUCAAGUUGGCUUCCCUUGUUUCCCCACACUCUGCCCAGCUCUCACACUUGCCAGUAUGAGUUAGCACCAAGAUUACAACAUAAAGGGAGGUCUCUCCCAUGGCAAGAGCACCGUAAUUCUAUUGUUGGUACACUAGCUCUUUAUUAACCCAUACGCAUUGUAUAUUUUGUUGCACAUAUUUUAAUAAAUUAAUUAUUUGCUGUAGUCAUGAAUAUCACAUAAUGAA